CAACUUGGGUAGCUGUGCCAAAAACACAUAGAAAGAAUAUACCCGGGGGGGUGAUGUACCGAAGAAAUAGAAAGAACAUACUGGGGGAGUAUAUUGAGAGAAAUUAAUUGACCGUUUCACGUUAAAAUAAUAAACAUUCUGAAUCAAAUGCAAAAGAGCAUGGUCCAUCUAUCUGGGCACCUCGCCAAAAUAAUGUUGUGAUGUUAAUUUUAUUCGCCCGAAUGGACAACUGCCACUUGAAUCUUUUUUUUCAAGGCUGUCAAGAUAUUCAGGCGAGAUGGGAGAAAAUGUGAUGGCUAAUGAUUCAAGCCUUGACCUGUUUUUGCAGGAAAUUACAACUAAUAUUAUAACAUCUGCAAUUGAGAAAGUGUCAGAGCUGGUAUUGAAUGAAGUGGAAAUUGACGAGAACUUUCUCCUUCAACCAUUGGAUUCUAGCGCUUCAAAAAUUUCAAAUGUAGAAGCUGGCAAUUCUUUAAUUUCUCACUCAAAAGAAAUGAACAAUAUAUCAACUAAACAAAUGUGUUCAACAUUUGUUGAUGAAACAUUAGGCAAAGUCUAUGAUGAAAUUGUAUUGAAUCAGAGUACUUCCUGUGAUAUUUCUACUACACAACAAAAGAUGCAAUCUUUGGAACGUGCUGCAAUAUCUUUUGAGUUGGCAGAGUAUAUUGAAAAGUUGUCACAAUCCAUUAUUGAUGAAACAUACAACAAAGUUAUUGAAAAUUACAAAAUGUCCCAGUUUGAAUCAAAUUCAUUAUGCCUCAGUACUGAGAAAGAUCAAAACUCUGUUCUUCAAAGUGAAAAAUCUGUUAUUGAUGCAAGGUAUUUAAGCCCCAACACUUGCACUGAAAAUGGUUCUUUGUAUGUCACAGCAUUUGAAACAAUUGAGGAAAGUUAUGAAGAUACAUUUGUUAGUGCACAAAGCAAGACAACUGAAGGCGCAAACUCAACUGGGGAAUUAAACAAAAUAAUUUCAUUUGAGAAAAACACUGGUGAUAAAUAUAUGGAAAAUACUAUUGAUUCUGUAUCAAAAUUACCUCAACAAAGCACACCAGUUAAUGCAAAUGAGUCAGUGAGCAAUAUGUUUGAAAGAUUUCUGACAUCUGAAGAAAAACUGAAAGUAGAAGCUGUAGAUGAAGGAUGGGAGCAACUAGUAAUCCCUGUAACAGAGGAAGGACAGAAACAUUUAGGGACAUCUGUAGCAGAGGAAGGAUGGGGAUACUUAGGGACACCUAUAACAGAGCAAGGCAAGGAAAGUUAUGAAAUGCCAUUAGAUGAUUAUAUUGAAGAAGAAGAGUCAUCAUUUGGUGAACCAUCUAGUCCCAGGACAUUAUCUCGACAAUCAAGCACCUUUGGUAAUGUUACAUUAGAAUUUGAUAGUGAAUGGGAGGUAGAUAUGAAGGGAAUGGAGCAAGAAAUAAAAUCAGGUGUUCAAGGUAAACACAAGGUUAUAUUGCAUGAGUUAUCAUUUGAUGAAAGCAGCCAUCGACUCAAAGCACCAGAGCUGUUGUGUCCUGUAUUUCUUGCUGUACAAGAUGAUGAAAUUUAUAACGAUGACAACAUGAAAACUUUGCAAAGAAAAGCGCAGAGUAUAAAUGAUCUUUGUGAAAUGAUCUCGACGAUAGUGAGGAUGAUACAGGUACAAGUUCCGAUGCGGAGAAGAGCUGUGUCUUUGGAGCAAGUUACAACAUAUCAGGGUGAACAUAAGAAAGUUCCUACACGUGAAGAGCUAAUGACUGCUUUUGAUAAAUUUCAUCAUGAAAUAUUAGAGGAUAAAGAAUUUGAUAUCUCAAAGGAAGAAACAAAUGAUAAAGAACUGAUAAAUGAGAAUGUUAAAACUGAUUCAUUACGUUGGCAUACUGUUAGUUUCAAUGGUCAGCAUAAAUUGAUUGAUUUAAAAUUAUUGGAGCCAUUUCUAAAAGUUCUUACUCAUGGAGGUUAUCAUCAUGAAGGAGAUAAGAAAAUGGUGAUUGUAGUUUUGACUGCAUGCAAUCUUCCUGACAAGAAAUUGAAGAGAUAUUCAAUUUUAAUGGAACAACUAUUCUACUUUGUUGUCAGCACUAUGGACCUACUGGUUACUUCAGACGAGUAUAUUUUUGUUUAUUUUCAUGGAGGAACAAACAGAAAUCAGUCUCCAAGCUUUUCAUGGUUAAAGAAAUACUAUCAAUUUAUUGAUCAUAGAUUAAGAAAGAGUGUGUCACAGGUGUAUGUUGUUCAUCCUAACCUUUGGUUGAAGAGUGUCUUUAGACUGUGUCGACCUUUUAUAAGCUCAAAUUUUGUAAGAAAAUUAACAUUUGUGAAUACUUUAAAAGAACUGUCAAGUUUAAUCCAAACUGAUUACAUUUUUAUCCCAGAUGAAGUCAAGAGGGUUGAUCCAGAUUAUAGGCAGAUUUACGGCAAUUAACAUUAAUCUUUAACCAUAUUUUAACCAGUUAACAAUCGAAAAUAAUUUAUUCUGAAAAUGCAGUUACGUCAUGGAUCGUGGUCACAACGUCGGCCAAAAUUUGUUUUUAUAUUCGAAGAGACUGUAAUGGAUUUUAUUUGGCUCAUGUUUUAUACUUAGUUUUUGUAGCUUGACCCAAAUAAAACUUCCUUUAGUCAUAA